UGCUGCCGCCCCGGAUUUUAUGCCUAGACUCCAACGCCACGGCGCCUGCCGUGGUCACGGCCGCAAAAACACGCUGCUGCGCCACAGCGCGUGAUCGUCGGCUCGCGCAUUCUGAGCCGCGCCCACGGCUCAGACGGGGAAUCCGCCUUCCGUAUCCGGCCAUGCCGGCAGGGCCGAGACCCUGGCCCUGCACGUCGGCUGCGGGCUUUCCAUGAGCAGAUAGCCCGCGCCACAUGGCCCGCGUCCCCGUUGCGCUGUGGGUGCCCGCUCGCCUAGCUCGUCUAGCAAAUGUAUUGUUCCGCUUAUCGCGCCGGAGCAGCAGCAGCAGCAGUCACAAGAUGCCCGCCAUUACCUUUCCUGGUUGGGCCAGACAGCAUUCGGGCCAUGUAGACGAAGGGCCAGGACGGCGGCCAAGACAGACCAAGACAGCAACCAAGACAGCGGGCGACGCAGGCGCAGAAGAAGAGCCCACGCACGGACGGUGCGAGCCCCAGGCCUUAUCGCAGCACCGCUGCGGGCAAACCGCUCACGCCCGCUUCUCUGCCGGGCCUCGCCGCCAUGGUCACCAGUGGCGCAUGCAACACGAAAAGCUGCACAGCUACCAGGCACGGGGACGCUUUUCUGUCGGCCGGGUUUGCCCUUGGCCGGCCUUUCUCUGCCUCUGCCUGAAAAUCCUUCACUGCCCUGCCCUGCCUGUCCUACUCGAUCCUAUCCUAUCCUGCCCUACCCUACCUACGCUUCCCUUCCUCUCUUCUUCUUUCCCCCUUCUUCAUCCUUCUUCUUCUUCUCUCGUGCCUUGGUUUAACCUUAUUUUAGUUUUCUUUGCUUCCCUCCGCUCACUAGAUAAGUACCUUCGUUACAUACACAUCUUCUACACACCACAUUCCAAAAAUGCAAUUCUCCAGAGUCUUCUUCACCUUGGCUGCAGUUUCCGCUGUCCAGGCCGCUUCCAACAGCUCCACCGAGUCUACCUCGGUCUCCACCGCCGGUGCUAACGGUAACGCCUACGGCUCUGCCGCUCUUGGCGCUGUUGCAGCUGCCGCUGUCGCCCUAUUCUAAGUCCAGUCGCCUCGCUGACUGAGACUGAGAAUCACGGAAUAAAGAAAAAACACUUAAUGUGUUGCUUCCACGACUGAUUGCUCGGCUCUCACCUCGCCCGCUUAUUAUCUUACUAUACUA